CUCAGUACCCGGCCUUCCCGGAAGUUGUUGCGCAGUCGUGUCCGGGGCAGAGUGAGGUGGGGGAAGAUUCCGGAUGGGUCGCAGCCGCAGCCGCUCCCCACGGAGGGAGCGCAGGCGGUCCCGGUCCACAUCCCGUGAGCGAGAACGCAGGCGCCGAGAAAGGUCCCGGUCCCGGGAGAGAGAUCGGCGAAGGAGCCGCUCUCGAUCCCCGCACAGAAGACGCUCCAGAUCCCCAAGACGACAUAGAUCCACAUCUCCUUCCCCUUCUCGAGUGAAAGAAAGAAGAGAUGAGGAAAAGAAAGAAACAAAAGAAACAAAGAGCAAAGAACGCCAGAUUACUGAGGAGGACUUAGAGGGCAAAACAGAGGAAGAAAUAGAAAUGAUGAAAUUAAUGGGAUUUGCCUCUUUUGACUCCACCAAAGGGAAAAAGGUGGAUGGCUCUGUAAAUGCCUAUGCCAUAAAUGUGUCUCAGAAGAGGAAGUACAGGCAGUACAUGAAUCGAAAAGGCGGAUUCAACAGACCUUUGGAUUUCAUUGCAUGAGAAUUGAAAUGUUAAAGAAUGAUUUUUUUUCCCCUUGUUCAGAAGAGUGGAUUUUGUAUUUCAUAUUUAAUAUGCAUUAAAAACAGGAUCACAGUCCUUCCUCCUUGUAAAGUAAGAAAAUUUUAUUUAUGAUGUGUGCAGUUCACUUACCCUGACUCACAAAAAGGAAAGUUAAAUACUGCAUUUUUUUCUUUUAGGAAAUAUCGUUUGGGGCAAGCAUCAGCCCUAUUUUUGGUUCUUAUUGUUGUGGAAGCUGUAUAUGUUUUCUUCUUGGAUGCUUGUUAGGACUUUUUAAAACACAUAAAAGUAAUUUGGAUGUAAGUUUCUCAAAUAAAGCAAUAUUUCUACCCUUUUGUAUUUGAUAAA